GAAAGUCUCACGCCGUCUCGACAGCAGCAGUGCGUUUCCGCGGUUGGUGGACGAUCCGGAGCUCCGGAACCCGGGUACAACAGAGCAGAAACUUUUGCGUGUUUUUUUAAAUUAACACACACAAAUUGUGUUCGUUUGUCUCCGUGCGUGACCGUGAGUGAGUGAGUUAGUGUAAUAUUGCUCUGAUCGUAAGUUAAGACACACCAAAAUCGCUACCGUGAACAGUUGGCAAGCGAACGAAGCUUUAGUGAGUGACCGAGAAAGGAUCAAACCAGGAACCGGCAAACCAACCACCGCAAAAUGGCCGCAUUCGUUGCGAAGCAAAUGGUCGGCAACAAGCUGAACGCCGUUAAAGGAGCUGCUGGAGGCGCUGUUGGAGGUGAUGGAGGCGACGACGAGAAUGACAAAGAGAAGGAAGAGGAGGCCGAGCGCGAGCGCCAGGAGGCGAUCCGCGAGGCCGAGGAACGGCGCAAGGAGAAGCACCGCAAGAUGGAGGAGGAGCGGGAAAAGAUGCGACAGGAAAUCCGAGACAAAUAUAACAUAAAGAAGAAGGAGGAGAUCGUUGAGCAGGCACCCCAGGAAGAACCGAAUCCACUGAUGCGGAAGAAAAAGACGCCCGAGGAGCUGGCGGCCGAGGCGGAACAGGAGGAUCUAGACGACUUCACGAAGUUGAAAAACUCCAUAGAGACGCAGGUGAACGAGAUCAAAACGCAAAUCGAGGGCAAGUGCUCCCUGCAGUGAUUGUGCAUGGCGUCGCGCGUACUCUACCAACCAAGUAUUCAACAAUAUUUGACAACCAAACAAUACAGACGGCAACGGUGGUGCGUUCUUCACCUCCCAUGGCACGGCCGGCAGCGAUCACAGUUGGGCCGUGGCGUCGGCUGAAAUCGGAUCGGUGAACUGGCGAAGCGAUACACACACAUUACGAAGCUACUGCUGCCAUGUCCUGGGACCUCCGGGGACUUGGUCCCGAAAGAAAACUCCGAUUCCGAGAAAUCCGAAACGCCGAACCAACGACGUCGCGAAACGAUUAGCAGCAGUAGCAGCGCCAGUGUUAAGGACCCAGCAAGAUCGACCCAGCCAGCAAUUAGUGCCACCGACCGACGGCCGACCAAGUGCAGCGCAGCCAGCAGUUCCGGAGCAGCAGCCGCAGCAGCCGAGGGAGUCGAAGCCACCCGACACACAGACACACACCCACACACACAGACUCCAGCAUACAGCAUACAUCGUUCACCAUUCAAGAGGUCACACACUAAGGGACGAUAUACACUAGCAGCCAUCACGGACCGCGACAGGCUGCCGGAGUGUGGAGUGCACACCAUCAACACCAUCACCACCACCACCACCACCACCACCACCUAGUAGUUGUGAAUAGCCGAGUGAGGGUCGAGAGUAAUAAUGAAAAUAUUCCAAAAAUUGUUAAAAAUAUUAGGAGCUCUUUGCGGAACGUAAAAAAGAAUGAAGCGCAGGAAGGAAGCAGCGCAGCAACGGGCAGCGGCAGCAAAGAGUUCAGAAAAAGCGGCAAAGCGCAUUAAAGUAAGAAAUUAAAAAGAAAUUACAUCAGGCAACAAGUAAGCAAAAAUUGUGAUUAAUCUCAAAAACAAACAAGCAAACGAAACAUAAAAAAAAGGAGAAACCAACAAAGAAGAAAUUUCCCGAUAAUAUUAUACAUGAAAGCAGAAAGGCGAUGGGCGAAAAUAAAAAGGCAGAAACCGGAAACAGAUAAGACAAACCAAAAUACACGAGAACUAGAGAAAAACUCGUUAACGACACCACCACACGGCAGCACUUUGUGUGAACUCUGUUUACGUUUAGCUUUUUCGUUGUUGUUGAGCGGGAAACGUUUCGGAUGACGUUACGUUUUGCGUACACCGGCGUGGCGCGGUGUCGUUUAUUUUAAUGAGAGGUUAAAGGUUAGGUUCAGGGCGACCAAAGCGAGUUUGUUUCGGAGGGGCCCGCUAAGACGGCCACUACCAGCGAUCGGUUUCAAUGCGUUGCUGCUGCUGGUUUCGGAACGCGCUCUCGUGCUCUAUUGCUCUCUGCCCAUUCCCUCUGGAGGGCAGCCCCCGUUUUUCUCCGUUACAUCAAGCGUUAGGAAGGAUUGUUUGCGAACCGAUUCGAGGGCAAUUGAAGUGGGCCGCGGAUCGCCAUGACAGUGUUGCAUUGCGUGCAUUCCCUAGACCCCCCGCGUUACACGAAACCCGCCAACCAUAAGGACCCAGGGUAGUGUUUCCUGUUAGUAAAAUGUUAUCCUCUUUUGAACACACUCUUUCCCGUUUGCUCAGUUGAUCCGGAUUAGUGUAAACCGUAAGCAAAGCGAAAAUGUUUUAAACUCUAGCGAAACGGUAAUCCCGGCAAUUAGGCAGUUACAAAAUUGAGACAAAACACAGACUAUCUAUCAGAGAACGUGUAACCACAGCGGAUGAGAACGGUGAAACGAUGAAACAAAACCAAAUGCAUAGACAUUUUCACAACUAGAAAACAUACAACACACAAACGCAUACAAAAGUCAAACAAAACUAUAGCAAAACCGAGCGAACAGAGAACCAGCAAGCGGUAGCGAACGAGUAACGAGUCGAACCUGUACAUUUAGAUGACCAGCAUACACAAGAAAAAGAUAUUUAAGUAGAAAAGGAAAACAACAACAAGAAAGUUUAGCAUAUUAUUAUGAUUAACAAACUAGCUUGAAAUUCGUUAAAGUUUAAAACAAAUGAAACGGAGAAGGAAUGCAAGGAAGCCCUAAAUGGAAACAAAGCAAAACACGGCAGUUGCUAAUGUAAGGUGGCUCUCCGCGGGAAUGAUUAACAGUAAGCAACCAAUGAUUCCGGCAACCCAAAAUUGACGAUCUCAUAAAUAAGAGUUACAAAAAUGGUAAUCACAGUUUUACGUAAACAAACACACACACACACACACAUACGUACACGAAGAGGGAAACAGUGGCAUACACACACACACAGAGUGAAACGCGUGUGGAAAAUUGGAAUGUACCAUAAAAUAUUGCUAAACGCGAAGGCGAAGCAGUUCCUUCGGACCGGCCGUUGAUGGAGGAACAUAUCGGGCCGCAAUUGUUUGCUCAGUCUAUAUAUUUACCGUACAUUCGGCACGGUUUCCGUUUCCGUUCGUUCAUUCGGAGCCCAAUAGCGACCCGAUCUAGUUUUUCAUACGUAGUCUCUCCUGAAUCUCAAGCGCUUUCUUUCUUCUUUAUGUCCUAGUUUUAUGUUAAGCAUUCCACUCUAACCCCCUAUUGCUGUCGAUGGUUUUUGGUGUUGCCGUGUUUGCUGUACACUCACUGUUUCUUGCUCUCUUUAGUUUCCUCCUGCUGCUCUAUUGCAUUCUGCAUUCUAUCACUCACACUUAGUAUUGUGAACCGGAAAAUGCGGUUCGCACGGACACGGAUCGGUUACGAAACGCUUCCACUAAAGGGUAACCAGUUUUGCAUCCCCGUUGCAAGCCAAAUGAGAAGACAAAACAAACAUCGAAUUGCAGUAUCUUCAAGUGCACUUCCGAAGAGAAUAUUAAUAUGAGCCCCUCUAUCCUGCCCCAUGGAAGGAUAGACCCAAGCAAACAAACAAAUAUUGAAACAAAUUGUGUGCGAACCGCGCGAACGAGACGAGUGAUAAUUAUAUGAACAAAAGAAGAUGAAGCAGCUGUAGGAGAAAAGCGUUGUUUUGGUGUCGGUUCUAUUGUUAAAGACGAAUAUUAGAGAGCUUACAGUGUCACUCGAUUGGCUGCGCUCUUUCUUCACUAUCACUCACUCUGUCUGUCGCUCUAACACUGUUAACUGUUACUUUUUGGCGCUUUCUAACUGUCAUGAACAUGACCACUUCACACUCGUUCGUGCGCCUCUAGAGCGCUGCCUUCCUUUCCCUUCCAUGUGCUUUAUGCUCCGAAAGUGACCGGGAAGUUCUCACGGACACCCCCAAGCCGGUUCCGGUCCCGGUUCUGUGCCCAUUUUCCUUUCCGCUGAUCACUGAUGCAAUUGUAUGUCGUUGGUUGGUUCGAUCGUUGUUUUUCUUCGUUCAUUCGUUCGUUGAUAGUUGAUACAAUAAAUGUGUAAAAGAGCAAUAAAACAAGCAGAAGCGUUAUCCAGUAACACAUAAGCGAAGCACAGAAGAGUCGAACUCUGGAUGCCUAUAACCUGUAUAUGUUUAUCGAGCAACGGAUGGGGAGGUGUAAACAAAAUGCCACACAACGCAAACACACAACACGACACACACACACACACACACACACACUAGCCUAGGUUUAUACGUUUUCGGUCCGCCGCCUCACGGUCCGUGUGUGUGGCCGCUGUCCUUUCGUUUUCUUUCUCGCUCACUCAACCCGCUCCUAUUGUUUCCCCUGUUGUUUGCCACUGUGGCACACACCCCCGGCCUGACCCUCUAUGUGUACCUCUACCGUCGCUCAUUGAUGUCGUGUGUGUGUGCUAGUAGUGAAUGUAUUAUAGAUAUAAAUGCAACCCUGCAAGAAGCAAGAAUAUAAAUGAAUAAAGUGACACGAGCCCCGCGCGCGUAAAGCAAUAGACAACCCCACAGGAACCGGCAAACCGAAAGCAUUUGAAAAAAGAGAAAAAACACACACACAGGAAGGAGGGCCCAUUGGCGAGGAGCAUUAUUAAGAGCGUGUGCGUGUGAUGUAUUAAAAGUCAAUAAUCUAGGCAGUGUUGUUAAAAAUGCAAACGCAUAGCUCAUAUUGCGGAUUGAUGUUACAGUGUACACUCACCUCCACUAACUCUCACACACACACACCCUUCACACACAGACACACAUACACACACGUACAAUACAACAGAAAUACAACAUUCAACGCAAUCGUUCGCGAAUUGAGCGUCUAUCUUUCUUCUUCUCCAAUCUGUUUUCUAAUCUUCUAAUCUUCUAAACGAACCACGGGUCGCGAGGUAAAACCAGUAAAAACAGCAAAACAAAUGGGACGCACACGAGUAAGGUUUGCGUAAACGAAAGAAACGACAGGAGCAGAAAAUGAAAGAACAAAACCCACGAACAACACAGCAGGCCAGAUGUAGAGGCAAACAAUAGUGAAACACUGUAGAUACAACUGGUGUAACAACGACAGGGAUGAGCGACAGUCAAAUAAACGACCGAAAUCAAGCCGCGGGUCGUCCCGUUCGGAAGGAUCCGCUGAGAAUCCCACGCGGUUCCCACGCGUGUCCUUUCUUGUUGUUUUUUUCCACUGCGACCGGCGACUGGUUGGUGCAUAUUGUUGGCCCUUUUACCAAUCCCCUCGGGGCGCCUGUUCUCGUUUUCUGUUCUAUCAGCAAAACAACAGACCACAGACAGACACACCACCGCCGUAAGUACGCCGUUAGCCCGCCACAUGACACUAUCAGCAUCCGCCACGCCACGCCACCCAACCAACACGCGCGCCAUACACACACAUAACCAGGUCAUCCUUAGAACUAGCUCAGCGCUACUUCUCGCUCUAUUCUCUCCUUUGCAUUUUCUUGACCUCUCUUUGAAUAUUGAAAACGAAAAAAAAACGUAUAUAUCUACAUAUUUAUAUAUGAAAAUACAUAUAUGAACAUAUUUAACAGUACUAUCUGCAAGUCAAAGACACUGCGCGUGUGCGAGUAGACAAAACCGGGCGGUUUAGCGACCGUCCGCCUAGGGUCAUGCAUUUAAAUUCUCAUGUAGGAGCAAAUCACGUAGCUUUACUCUGUCUAGCGCGCGCCACUAGCCACUAGCGGAAGCAGCUUCCCCGUGCGGCGACCACCCGUUUUUCACGCUUCAGUCACUGCAGACAGGCAAACAGGUACACGAACAUUGAACACAGCAGCAUAUAGCAAACAGAACAACACGCCACACACACACUGAAGCAUACGAUUCGACCAUCUCUGAGGCGCGAACAGAACAGAAAAUUAGAAAACAAAACACAUAAUAAGCUGGAAAUUGCUGGAGUGAUGCAAUAGACCAAAAACAAAACAAAACAAAACGGAACCGAUAGUCGGUCGAGUCGAAACGAACAACAAAUAGACUAAAUCGAAGCGGAAAACCAUAAAAACAUCAGCAGCGCAUUUCAGACAACAUCAACAAAUCACCAUCCAGUACCAACAUGAUCACCACCACCAAUACUAAUACUUCUACUACUACUACCGCUACGUACCGAUACAACUACACCACCACAGCCACAACAACAACCACCACCACCAACAGGCACUAGGCAUCGUUUGUUUAUAAUUGUUGAAAUGAAACGGUUUAAAUAAAAUGAAGAAAAAAAACGUUACACAUUGAAAAACUGAGAUGGAAAAUGGAGGAAUAAAACCAAAAACACGG